GAUCACAUUUAACAAAAAGCAGAGCCAGGCAUUGUUUUGAUUAUACGGCUGGUCCCUGUCAGCAGCAGCAGCAGUACACAUGUCCACCAGUCGUCCGCUCAUAAACACACUCCAGUCAUGUUCUCCUCGCGUGUUACCCGAUCGGUGUUAAGAAGAGGAUCCAAUGCAGUUGUACGCUUCUGUUCAGGAGAGUCUGGGUCUCAUGGGAAGGCACCCAUCACAAAGGUGCCUCUGAGUGAAGCAGUUCCUUGGAUACCCAAAGCUAUCUAUGCCUCCCCCUCGGAUAUUGUCCACGAAACUAAAGUUACAACUUUAGAAAAUGGUUUGCGUGUUGCAUCUGAACCUAAAUUUGGCAACUUUUGUACAGUUGGAGUUGCAAUUGACAGUGGAAGCAGGUUUGAAGUGGCACUUCCAAGUGGAAUUUCUCAUUUUCUUGAGAAACUAGCAUAUGGGAAUACCCAACAUAUGACACGAGAAGCUAUUAUGGGGACGUUUGAAAAACUUGGUGGUAUUUGUGAUUGCCAGUCAUCAAGGGAUACACUGAUAUAUGCGACAUCUGUGGAAGCGAGAGGUAUGGCAGAAGCAGUCAGGAUAUUGUCAGAGGUGAUUUUAAGACCUCAGCUUCAACAAGAGGAAAUAAUAGAUGCUCAGAUGUCAGUUACAUUUGAUUUGGAAGAUCUUCAAUUGCGGCCAGAAAAGGAUGUUCUACUCACAGAAAUGAUUCAUGCGGCUGGAUUUAGGGACAAUACUCUGGGUCUUCCAAAAAUCUGUCCUCCUGAAAAUAUCACAAAAAUAGACAGAUCAACAUUGUUCACCUACCUCAAGCACCACCACACCCCGAAGCGCAUGGUGGUGGCUGGUGUAGGAGUUGAACAUGAAGCUCUUGUAGAAUUUGCACAGAAAUAUUUUGUAGAGAUGCCACCCAUCUGGGAGACGGAUCCAACCCUCUCCAAUACUCACAAGCUUUCGAUUGACCACUCUGUGGCUCAGUAUACAGGUGGACUUAUUAAGGAGGAAGCAGAUCUCUCUGAUGUUUCCAUUGGUCCCAACCCACUACCAGAACUUGCUCAUAUUGUUAUUGGUCUGGAGUCUGUGGGGCAUCAGCAUAAAGACUUUGUUACUCACUGUGUUCUCAACAUGAUGAUGGGAGGUGGUGGCAGCUUCAGUGCUGGCGGACCUGGGAAAGGAAUGUACACACGUCUAUAUACUAAUGUACUCAACCGGUAUCAUUGGAUCCAUAAUGCUACAGCUUACAAUCAUGCAUAUGAGGAUGCUGGUCUGUUCUGUAUCCACGCCUCGGCUCAUCCAUCUCACCUGGCAGAUCUCACCCAAAUAAUUACUAGAGAACUCUCAGCCAUGAAUGGUCGCAUGAGCAAGGAAGAACUGGAGCGUGCCAAAGUACAGCUGCAGUCCAUGCUGCUGAUGAACUUGGAAAGUCGGCCUGUUGUGUUUGAGGACAUUGCACGGCAAGUACUAGCAACAGGAAAAAGACUUCAGCCACAGCACUUCAUGGAUUUAAUAAGGAGAGUGACAGAUGAUGAUGUUAUGAAAAUUGCUGGAAAGAUGCUUCGCUCUAGGCCUUCAGUAGCUGCUCUUGGCACUCUGAAGCGCCUACCCAGGUUGGCUGAUAUUAAUGGUGCUCUCCUUAGUGGGAAUAGACUAAUAAAACCUCUAAGCAAAUUUGCAUUUUUCCAAUAGACGAACAUUUUUUAUAUUAAUAAUCAUAAUGUUUAGUUAUCUAAUGCCCAUUUAACUGUACAAAUAUAGUUGGUAUGUGUUGCUCCUGUUGCUAGGUUGCUUAUCUGUAACAAAAUUAGAUUCUUUGUUCAGGCGAGCAUACUGAAUUAUUUACCAUGUUAUGUUUUUGUUAGUUUAAUGUGUCAUAGCCCUCUUCAGAAGAAACAAUAUGGUACAUGUUAUUGUUUAUUUUAUUUGGGACAAAUUGGCUGUCAACAUAAUCUCAAAUGUACAGUAGUUUUUGAAAAUAAAAGAAAGUAUUUGA